AUGUCUUUAGCUUUAGUUCGACAGGCUCUCGAACUCGUUGAUCCAGAAGAGUGUUUAACCAAGAAGCGCGGCGGGCGCGUGCGACGGCCGGCAGGUCAAGGUUAUCGUCACUUGUCUAAGAAUAAAAGUAAAGCGGGUAAGGUGAGCAAAUCAAAAGAUCAAAUUGCUGAAGAGAACAUUAAAAAGCUGCUGGCAUUGUCUAAACCCACUGCAGAUACUUCCACAACUGAAAAGAUAGUGGAGCGUGCAAUAAAGCAGAAACCACUCGCUGAUAAACCAGAAGUCAAAGUAGACGAAAACAAGUCCAUACUCUUCCCAGAAGGAACCGAAUCAUUUGAAGAUUUUGAAGCAGAACUUUUCUGCAGUUAA